UAGACCGCGCGAAAUAAGUCACGUUUGUUGAAAACGGUUGCAGCUCCUUUUCUGGCUCUGCGUUAUUCGAAAACGAUUAGUUUACUGAACUUGACUUCGUGUUUGUUUUGACGCACUGUGCUAGUGGAUGUCAUCAAGUCGUACUUAUUUUGUAAAUCUAAAAGCACCAGCUUAGAUUCGCUGGAGAUCAACGAGCUUUGCGAAGAGAACUGAUCAUCAUCUUCAUCGAUAGCUGAGAUCUACCCGAAGAAAAGUCACAUAUGUUUCGCACAGGAUAUCGCGGUUUCAUUUUUAGGCUCGAAUCGCAAUGACCUGAUUGUCGGGGGAAAAAAAUCGGUGCUUUGGUUUAUAUUAGAGGUUUGGCCUCAAGAUUGAUUUGUGCAUAAUUUGAUGGCACUUCACCCCUCGGGUGUUUAGUAGCUUAUUAUUCGUCUGUUAGAUUUCAAUUAAAAGCAACUGGACUUGAUUUUUCGACUUGCUGAAGACGUUUCGCCUCUUAUCAGUGAUAAGUCUUUUGCUGGAAGGCUAACUAAUUAGGCAACAUUAAGAAGAACACAACUUUGUGGUGCUACUCCACCAUGUUAGGCAUUAUGGAUAAUCACCCAGACACGGUCAGGAAAUGUAAAACGGAGGCUUUGCCUCCGGAGGGUAGGAAGAGGACUGUGGAGGAUUUCAAUAAGUUUUGCAGCUUUGUCCUGGCCUAUGCUGGGUACAUUCCACCUCAAAAAGAAGAGAGUUCAUGGUCUCCAUCGUCUUCGCCAUGUGCACAUGGGUUGUCCGAGCUGUCUGGUGAAGAGUCAGGGAAGGACAGCUGGACAGGCAGCCACUCCAACCUCAGCAACAACACUCACAACUUUGUCUACAAAGCUCAGACUGACAGCAAUAGUACAGAGUUCUGCAAUGCUCAAUCGGACAGCUCCUUAGACAAGAUGAGACUGAAAGACUCUAUGAACCAAAUCCAUCUUCACAGCAAAACUGAGAGGAAGAAGGUGAAGAAACUCAGCCGGUUGUCUUUAGGAGGAGUGAGAAAAAGCAUUUGUGGUGUUUCAGAGGCAAGAGCGCAUAAACAAUCCAAAGUGGGGCUGAAGAAAAUUAAGAGAUCGGUAAAGGCUGAGAGACAUUUUACAUGCACAAGCCCUGUGAAUGAGGGGCUUAGAAUGGAGGAGGGGCUGAUGGAACAGGUUGUUGACAUGCAAGGGGCGGCUCUUAAACUGGAGUCCAAUCCAGAAACAGACCUGAGUUCCUGUGAAACUGACACAUUGGUGACAGAUGAGGAUAUUAUGGUGGAGUCUGGUGAUGAUUCGUGGGAUUUGAUUACUUGUUAUUGCGGAAAGCCUUUUGCUGGUCGACCCAUGAUUGAGUGUGACGAGUGCUCCAUAUGGGUCCAUCUCUCCUGUGCUAAGAUUAAGAAGUCCAACGUACCUGAUAUUUUCUACUGCCAUCGAUGCAGGGACUCUCGUAGCUCCACAGUCUAAAGAGACCACUGAGAAUGAGUGUGGGUACAGACCCUGUGUGUGUUUGUGAAUGGAUGCAAGAUGUUCUUAUACCUGUUCUCUCUUUUUUUUUUUUUUGUUUAUUUUCUGAUCACUAUGAAUUAUGUUUGCUGUUAAAUAAAAAAAAAAAAAUUGAUUAUAAAACUCCCUUUGUUCUGUGUUGAUAGAUGUCUGGUGUGGUUUAUUACAUUAUACCAAAAAUGGCUUCACAAGCUAAAAUUCGUGCACUUAUUUUUACUACUGCACACAAAUGAACUCAAAAAUAAUAUUGGUGUAAAAAAUAUUUGUGCACUACGCCAUAUAUUUUAUAUAUGUGGAUGAAUGACUGAACAUCUCUUGGCCCUGUGUGUUAAAGCAAACUGUAGCUCUAUGAAAUAGAUUUGCUUUUAUGCAUUGCUUCAGAUAAAUGUGGUACUACAAUGGUUGCAUUUUAAUAUCUUUUUUUUUCUUCACAAUGGCUAGAUGGGUGACUGUGUGUGUGUGUGUGUAUAUAUAUAUAUAUAUAUUAGUAUAUAUUGCAAUACUACAAAUUAUAUUACUAUAUUAAAUAACUGAAUCCCAUGUACAUACAUCCGUUAUAUCAACUCUACUUCCAAUGAAGAAGGACUCUCAAAUAAGGGCCUCUAAAGUGUUAUCAAGCCAGUGUUUCUCUGUCCUGUUCAUGGGGGCCCCUAUGCACUGUAUAUUUAAGGUUAUCUGACACACCCAAUUUAGCUCAUAGAGGACUGUACUAGUGAUCUGAUGAGUGGAAUCAGGUGUGAUAGAUAAGAGAGACUUCCAACAUGUGCAGUGCUGGGGUUCCCCACGAGCAGGACUCAGAAAUAGUUCAAACAGAUUUUUUUAGUAAUGUCAGUUUUUUUUUUCUGUAAUGUGCUGCAUUUUCUCACUUCCAUUGUUACAGGUAGUUCUAAAAAAUAACCUUUGACCAUUGUAAAGCAGAUAAUUGUUUGAUUUUUGAAGUUGCAGUUCACAUUUAAAAGUAAUGACUGGGUUUAGUAAAUCUUUCACUUUUGAAUUUAGAUACAUUUUCUGACUUUGUACAUCAAAAUCAAUGGUAGAUUUUUCUUAAAAUUGAUACAAUUAUUUGUUGUAACCAUUUGUAAUUAAUCUUGCUUUGUAUAUGUGUUCUGUCCUGCUCAUCCCUAUGUAAAUAGAUGUAUAGGUGUAUUGGAGGAUGAGGAAAUGCUAUAUUUUUCUGACCAUUUACACUAGAAAAAUCUGAAAAUAAAUGUUCUUUUAAAGUGAUGUCAAGCAUUUGA